CUGUUAGCAAGUGCUUAGUGCUGCAACUGAAACUGGGAAAAAAAGAUGGCACCUGGCAAGAAGGGUAUCCUUGAGCGUCUGAACGCUGGGGAGGUGGUAAUUGGCGAUGGAGGCUUCGUGUUUGCUCUGGAGAAGAGGGGGUAUGUGAAGGCCGGGCCAUGGACUCCUGAGGCUACUGUCACACACCCUGAGGCUGUGCGGCAGCUGCACAGGGAGUUCCUGAGGGCAGGAUCUAAUGUCAUGCAGGCAUUUACAUUCUACGCCAGUGACGACAAACUGGAGAACAGGGGUCAGACUUUGAAAAUCACUGGGGCACAAAUCAACGAGGCAGCCUGUGACCUGGCAAAAGCAGUAGCCAGCGAGGGAGACGCACUGUCAGCCGGUGGAGUGUGUCAGACUCCUUCCUACCUGAGCUGCAAGAGUGAGACAGAAGUGAAGGCCAUCUUCAAGAAACAGCUGGAAGUGUUUGUAAAGAAGAACGUGGAUUUCCUGAUCGCUGAGUACUUUGAGCACGUUGAGGAGGCGGAGUGGGCCGUGCAGGUGCUGAAGACCAGCGGAAAGCCUGUGGCCGCUUCUCUGUGCAUCGGACCAGAGGGAGACAUGCACGGCAUCUCACCUGGAGAGUGUGCUGUCAGGCUGGUGAAGGCUGGUGCCCAGAUCAUCGGAGUCAACUGCCACUUUGACCCCAUGACCUGUGUGAAGACUGUCAAGAUGAUGAAGGAGGGAGUGGAGAAGGCUGGGCUGAAGGCUCACUACAUGGUGCAGCCCCUGGCAUACCACACCCCCGACUGCAACUGCCAGGGAUUCAUCGAUUUGCCAGAAUUCCCCUUCGCCCUAGAGCCCAGGAUCCUCACCCGCUGGGACAUGCACAAGUACGCCAGAGAGGCCUACAAGGCUGGCAUCCGAUUCAUUGGCGGCUGCUGUGGUUUUGAGCCUUAUCACAUCAGGGCCGUGGCAGAGGAGCUGGCCCCUGAGAGAGGCAUCCUCCCACCUGGAUCAGAGAAACACGGCAGCUGGGGUGCUGGUCUGGAGAUGCACACCAAGCCCUGGGUCAGAGCCAGGUCCCGUCGUGACUACUGGGAGCAUAUCUUGCCAGCAUCUGGUCGUCCAAACUGCCCAUCCCUGUCCACACCAGAGGGCUGGGGUGUGACCAAGGGCCACGCUGACCUGCUGCAGCACAGAGAGGCUACCAGCAGCCAGGAAAUGAAGCAUGUGCUGGACAUGCAGAAGAAGGCCAAGUCCUCUGCAUGAGACAGAAAACUAUCCCCUCAACCGUCAACAUGAUGAGGGGGAAGCGGUGAAGU